CCUUGGCACCAACACGAGCCUUCAAGUAAGCCUGACGCCACUUCGGUAUGCCCAUGCUCCAGGGCAGCGUGCAUCUGUGUUUAUAUGAACACUUGCCUCAUUUGCGGCAGUUCAGACGUCCACUUUUAUCCGUCUCGUGUCAUGUUGUGGCACACCCGAGUGGCCGACAACUUUGUGCUCGGCCACUACAGCCUCGUCAGUCUCUCUCUCUCUCUCUCUCUAUUUCUUGGAGAGCCGUUUGAGUUGGACCCGUUCUCUGACUUAAUCCCCUCGGAUCUAAGUAUUUGGUUUUCAGACGGCGCCAUUUCGCCGGAUGGUGAUCGUCUUUUAGAUAAAUCUGUGAUUUAUUCGGCAUUUUAUCUUGACCGAAUUUCUUAUUCUCCCAACAAUAGAUCUGACAGGUCACAACUGGCACCUUUUAAUGUUAUCCCGAGUACUCACUACUCACUACUGAGUACUGAGCGACUUGAUACCUUCUUCACUGCUUCGUUUAUUGUGAACCUCCUGUCCGCCAUUCAUUUCGUCUUUCACUCCUCCCUUAAUAUGCUGGUCCACUUUUGCUCUUGUCGCUGCGAGCCCGUUUCUCGGCUCGUCCACGUUCCAUUUGCGUGCUGUCUGGCUAAUGCUUGCUCGGCCGGUAAUCCGCCAAGCCGUGUUGCUGUCGCCUUACGUCGCUUAGUUGCUCACCCGGUUGCCAGCCUCCAGUCGCCGGUUGCCGGUUGCCAGUUGCCGGUUGCCAAUUGUCAGUCGACCGGUUCAGUCAAUGACGGCGCCACAUGA